AUGAUGAAAGAAAAAAAAAAUUUAGAGACAAUUUAUUAUUCUAUUAAAAAUUACUUUUUUCUAAACAAAAAUACUUGCCACACCAAUUAUUUUAAUUUAAAGAAUAAAUUUUUUUUAUCGAAAAAUUUUACAUUUUUCUCAAGUGUUGGAAAUUUAUAUAAGCAUAACAUUAUUAAAAUAGAAGAUAAAAAAAAAAAUAUAAAAGAAAAGGAUUCAUUUUCUAAUGUUAGGAAUAUAAAGAAAUUUGAACCUAUUAUAGAUAACCGUUUAGAAAAUGAAAAUAAAAACAUAUGUAAAAAAAUAAAUAAAGAGAUUAGUAGUGAAGAAAAUUUAAAAAAAGAAUUAUCUAAUGAAAAAAAGGAGCUAAAAUUUAAAUCAAAUACAAACGAUAUAAAAAAAGAAAUAAAUCUCCAUACAAAUGAAAAAGGCAAAAAUGUAGAGACUUUUAAUGAAAAUACAAAGAAGGAAAUAGAGGAAGAGUUAAAAAAUGAAAAUUUUGGUAAAAAGAGUAAUAAAUGCAAAAGUUACACUAAAAAAGAAAAAUGUAAUAUAUUAAAAAGGGAAAAAUAUAAAAAAAAUAAAGAAAAAAAUGAAGAAAAAAAUGAAGAAAAAAAUGAAGGAAAAAAUGAAGGAAAAAAUGAAGAAAAAAAUGAAGAAAAAAAUGAAGAAAAAAAUGAAGAAAAAAAUGAAGAAAAAAAUAAAGGUGAAACAAGAUGCAAUGAAAGAACAGAUAAUACAAAAAAAAAAGAUACGAAAAUUUUUAAAGAACAAAAAACGAAAAAUAAAGUAUUAAUAAGUUCAAGAAAAAAUGAAAAUAAUAAAACAAUUGAAAAUGGGAAUAGUAAAAAAAAUAAGAAAAAAUUUCAUGUAAAUGAGACGUCUAUUAGCAUGAAUUUCAACAAAGAAAAUUAUUUUAAAGAAUUUCAACAAAUAGGAUUAAAACAUAAUAUAAUCAUAAAUCAAUUGAGUAAAAUAGAAGAUAUAUCUACUUUUGUUAAUAAUAAUUCGUCAUUAGGUUUUGAAAAUAUAUAUGCAUAUAAUAACUUUUUGUAUGAAAUUUAUGAUAAAUUUUCUAAUUCAGAAAUUAAAAAAGUAAAAAAAUUAAUUAAAAAUUAUAAUAAGUUAACAAAAAAAAAUUUAAAAAAAAAAAUAAAAUAUUUUGAGGAAUUUUAUGAAUUAUGCCCAAAAGAUUACAAUGAAGUUUUAACAUGCUUAUUUAUUCAAUCAGUAGAUAUUUUAAAAUUAGAAGAUAUUAACAACACAUUUUAUUAUGAUCAAAUUUUGAAUAAUAGUAAAGAAAAUGAGAAUAAUAGCUUAUUAGAGGAAUUUGAAAGUUCAGAAAAUAAUAAUGAUGAUAUUCAAAAAAAAGAAUCAAAUACAAAUACAAAUACAAAUGCAAAUCAUAUAAAAAAUCAAUAUAAUAAUAAAAGUAUUUAUGAAAUAGAUGUAAACAUUAGAAGUAACGAAACAAAUAGUAUCAAUAUAAAUAAUUUUAUAAUAGUAUAUAAUCUUCCUAUAAUAAGCUAUGAUUUACUUAUAGAGGAAUUAAAGGAAUCUUUUUCCUUUUGUGGAAAAAUAAAAAACAUUGAAUUAUUUAGUGAACGAUUAAAAACAGUAGACAUAAAUUUAUUGAAUAAUGAGUUAAAUUCUGAAAACAAUAAAAAAAAAAGUGACAACAAUAAUAAUAAUAAUAAUAAUAUUAACAAUAAUAACAAAAAUGUUAAAAAUUCUUUAAACCCAAAUAGUUACACUCAACUAUAUGGUAUUAUAGAGUUUGAAAAUGAAAAAUCCGCUAUUUUAGCUACAAGUGAUUUUAUAAGAAUUUUUGGUAUCUUUUGUUAUAAUAAAUUAAUAUAUGUUGAUAGAUGUGAAAAUAAAAAAAUAAUGGUUAUAACUCAUUUACCUUUUCAUUUAAGCAUAUAUAACAUUUUACACUUACUUUUAAAUGCCUCUUUAUAUGAUAUUGAUGUUUUUAAUAGUAAGGAUGAAUUUAAUAAUAAGAAAUAUAUUACUAAUGAAAAGUUAAACUUAGAUCUUAAAAAAAUUGAUAAUAAUUCUAAAAAAUUUGAUGAAGAAAGUAAUAUUAAUGCAAAUAAAGAAAGUGAUAAGGAAAGUUUUAUGAAUAUUAAAGAGAAUAUUUCUGAUUCUUGUAAAAGAAAUUUAAAUGAUAAUUUUGAAAGAAAGACAAAUGAAAGUAAUACUAAAAUUUUUAGUGAAAAUCAUAAAAUAAAAAAAUGCACAUUUAUUGUAAAAAAUAGUAAUAUUAAAAUUGAAAACACCAAUUCUUUUUUUAAUCAUAAUUAUAAAAACAGCUCUGAUAUUUAUAAUUAUAUAUAUGAAAUAUCUAAAAAAAACUUUAAAAAAUUUGAUGAGAUUAAGAGUGAAUUAGAAACAAACAUAAAUGAUAAUUAUAAUGAUAAUGAACCAAUUUAUGAAUCUUUUGUUGAUUUUUACCAAAAUAAAGAUAAAAAAAUGAUAACAAGAGAAUUAAAUAUUAAUAAUAACGGAAGAACAUUAAUUCUGCAUUUUGAUAAUUUUAAAGAUUUAUUUGAGUGCUUAAAGAAAUUCCAAUAUAUUUUUAAAAAUAAAAAUUAUAUGAUUUUUUCCUUAAAUCUGAGAAGAUGCAUUUAUUUAAAUGGUACUAUUAAAGAUCAUAUCUACAUUAAAAAUUCAGAGAAUAAAUUUAAUUUAAAGAUUAAAGAAUAA